AUGGCAAACACUAUCAGUAACGCUAUCCGUAAACUCGGGUACCGAAGGUUGACCCAGCAAAAUAAACCCCUCCCCUGGCCGCCUCCAACGCGGCCGGCACUAGAAUCGCACAUAGGAAAGCUGGCUGGAAAGCGACGCUCGUUAUCCAGCGCCGGCGGUCUCUUCGCCAGGAUGUUCGGUAACAACAGUAACAACAACGGAUCUGCUCCAUCAACAGCUGAUGCUGAGCCUACUUUGAAUACAAAGAUUGCCAACCAGCUUCCCACCGACAGUACUCCAUUCGCGGAAAAGGGAAAGAAGGGGAGCUCUGGUUCUAAAACGUCAGCCUUCAUAGCCUCUGCUAAGAAUUCGAUCACAAACCUUGGCAACAAUAACGAGCAAAAGGAAAAGGAAAAGGAAACGAAAACUACUGCACCAAAGGAUGAUCUCCCUACAGUUGUCGUAGGUCCUAACAACAACUCUGCGGGCGAUUCAAAGCCAGGCCCCAAAAGCACGUUCAGAGUUGGCGUGACGGAGGAUAAGAAUAAAAAAUGUCGAAGGACCAUGGAGGAUACCCACUCAUUUCUUUAUAACUUCUUGCCAACCUUGCCGCCAGCUACACCUACAUCAAGUACUACCAACACCUCUGGAGUUGCGUCUACGCACUCGACCGAGGAGACAGUAGAAUCAGACAAUGGAUACUUUGCGAUCUUCGAUGGCCAUGCGGGGACAUAUGCUGCCGAUUGGUGUGGAAAGAAAUUGCAUCUGCUAGAAAAGCUACCUGUCAGGAAUAGUGGGUGUACAGCUGUUUGUGCUGUUUUGAGGUGGGAGGAUAGGCCGGUGCCGAAUAGUGCUGGGCAGUUGGAUGCUGCCAAAGGGAAGGGAGCAGUCAACGACGAAAACUCGAAACCCUCCCUAAACUUGGCGACAGAAAGACAGAGAGUCCUAUAUACAGCCAACGUUGGCGAUGCUAGGAUUGUACUUUGCAGAAAUGGCAAAGCUCUAAGGCUGAGUUAUGAUCAUAAGGGAAGCGAUGAAAAUGAAGGGAAAAGAGUGGCAAACGCUGGAGGUUUGAUAUUAAACAACCGUGUCAACGGGGUUCUGGCUGUCACUCGUGCCCUAGGAGACAGUUAUAUGAAGGAAUUAGUCACAGGACAUCCUUACACCACGGAAACUGUCCUACAGCCCGAAGCAGACGAAUUCAUUAUACUUGCUUGUGAUGGCCUUUGGGAUGUUUGUUCGGACCAGGAAGCAGUCGAUCUCGUUCACGCCGUCAAGGACCCACAGGAAGCGAGUAAAAUGCUUGUAGACUAUGCUUUGGGCAGGUUUUCUUCGGAUAAUCUCAGUUGUAUGAUUGUGCGUUUAGAUCCCACUGGCAAGUUUCCUGGGUUGAAGACUCUGGAUUCUGUGGUAGAGGUGAAGGGAGAAGUGGCGCAGCCGACGAAGAAGUAG